GUGAAUUUCGUCGACGUCAAUAAGAACUCAAUUUCAGCGACAGUCAUUGACACGUCGGUUUAAUGACGUGUUUCAAUUUUAUCGAGUGAACAAAGACAUUAAAAAAUGAGGGAUUUCUUAAUUGUUCUCUUCUGCAUAAUUUUUUUCGCUUUGCGAAACCCUGAAGCGAAGCAAAGUCUCGACACUGUCAGUGAUGAUGAGUUACUAAAAUACAUAAAAAAUGAGCAAUUUGUUGUUGUGUUAUUCACUAAGAGAGACUGUCAAAGUUGUGCCAAAUACGAAACCGAACUUGUCAAUCUGAGAGAUGAUCUAGUAGAUAGUCUAUCAGCCUGGGUCCUUCAAGUUGACAACAGCCAAUUAUUGAAAUUGUACAGCCCUGCCAAGGAGCCUGCCUUAGUCUUCUUCAGGAAUGGAAUCCCAUUGCUAUAUGAUGGACAAUUGAAUGACGACGAAAUAUUGCAAACAUUUGUGGAUAAUAAAGAGCCGAUAGUGAAGGAAUUGACCGAUGAGAAUUUCGAGCACCUGACCCAGGCGAGCAGUGGAGCUACAACCGGAGACUGGUUUGUCAUGUUCUACAGUAGCGACUGCAUUGACUGUCAACGAAUGGGCGCAAGAUGGGAGGCAGUUGGUGCAAAACUGAAAAAUAGAGUUAAUGUAGCACGUGUCAAUAAAUACACCACCGGCGCUUCCACAGCCAGACGGUUCAACGUUUUUAACGUUCCAGAAUUCAUCCUAUUUCGACAGGGAAAAAUGUACCGUUAUCACAUUCCCAAAUAUGAUAUCAACGCAUUUGUAUCAUUUGCGAGGGAUUGGUAUAAAAAUGCACAAUCUGAGAGGGUUCCAGUACCACAAAGUCCAUUUGAUGACCUCACCCAAAUGAUCGCCAAUUUCCUUCGCGAGAAUCCCUGGAUCAUGAAGCUCACUAGUAUCAUCAUGGGAGUAAUGAUAAUCGUAUCAGUGGCCUCUAAACUACGGAAAAAGUCGGAAACUCCGGAAAAGAAAAAGGAGAAAUGAAAAAAAAAACGAUCACUACUGAGACUUACUGAAUAUGUACAUAAAAUAAUGAUUCCAAUUAGUGAGAAAAGGGUAGAGGAUUUUUUUUUCUCUAUUUCUUAUUCACUAGAUGAUUCUUUCUCAUUCCAAUUUUUACAAUUUUGUAUCAGUAGAAAAUAUAUUCUUUGAAGUUUUAAAUGUC